AUGUCCGAAAGUGCACGUCGGCCAUCGAUGAUAUACGAAAUCAGCGACAAAGUCCGCAACUUUAGUCGCAGUGUUAGGACAGCGGCCAAAGAUGAAGUUACGUACGAAGCUGUUCGAUUUGCACAUACCACGACUGCUCACGGAAUUCCUAUGGUAACUUACUAAUUAAAUAACCGUAUUUUUACAUGAUUACAUACAAUAGAUCAUUUUGUGAAUUUAGAUAUUUUAAGGUUUUUUCAUAUUUACAAUGGGACAUUUUUGUGAAUUUAGGCACUUAACGCAAACGCUUGGUACGGCAAGGUGUUAUGGAUGUGUUUAUCACUGUUUUCGACGGGUUUGUUUCUAUAUCAAUGUUUGUUGGUAUUCGAAAAGUAUCAACGAAAUGACAAAAUAGUCAGUGUCAAGGUAAGUUUUUUUGUAAAAACGAUAUUGUAUUUUGUAUUCGUCACAAAACAAAAAUUAUCUUACGCUAUAGUAUGUUUCAAUUUUCAAAAAACCUUUGGUACGCACACAAAGAAUUGUUGCUUAAAAUUUAAAAAACAAGCCGUUUUUAACAACAUGACACUGAUGUCGACUUUAUGAAUUUCCAAAUACCUGUACUUUCAUGCAUUCACGAUGCAUUUCUGAUUUAUUACUUUCAGUUGGAAUUCGGUUCGGCCAAUUUUCCGGCCGUUACAAUUUGCAAUUUAAAUCCAUUUAAAAAGCAUAGUGCCAUAAAAGUUAAACAAGUUGCCGAUACCGUAAGUUUAUAAUAUGAGUCUAAGGUUUUGGAUAGUUUUAUACUAUACCUACAAAAAAAUCAUAGUAAAAAAAUCAAAGUAAAAUUUUUUAUUUUUAGAUGGUUAAAACUGAAAAUUUUUAUAAAUAUUUUUUUUUAUUUCCAUUUUUAAGCUUGAAGCCUUUCAUCAAGCUGUAACCUUCAGCAAAGGUGCCAUAUAUCAUAGAACAACCGACGUGAGGUCGAGAAGACAUCUAAAUCCAGGUAAAUUUAACAAAUACAAUUACCGGAACGAGAACAUAAAAAAACAAUAAUUUAAAAAAUACCUUCAAAUAAAAAAACUGGUAAAAAAAUUCAGGAGGUGUAAGAAAUGUGCAAGUAGAACCAGUAAUGUCGGAUUGCAAAUGUAAACGACGAUUCCGCAACUCCGACGACAUUGACUGUGUACAAACUAAUACCGUUCCAAAAAAUAAUGCUACAAUGUGUAUAUGUAACUACGACCGACAUGAUGACACGGCUUUUCCUUGUACUCCUGCCAAGUAAGUUAAUAUAGUUCACAAGUAGCCCUAAACCAAAAAAAAAUUUUUUUUUUAUUCCUUUAUUCUGCCGCGGCAUUGCUUAGAAGAAAAAAAUAUUGUAAUUUUAGACUUUGGGUGUCAGCCAUGUGUCCAGACUGCAACGACAUUGGUUUCUGUAACCUUCCGGACACCAGCGGUGAAUCCGAAUACCCGUGUAUGUGUCUUAAGGCUCCAAACAAUCAAACACGACGGCCGUUCAAACACUGUCUUCUAAUGCCGAAACGAAUCAACCGAAUGUGGGAGACGCGUGGCGAAGAGGUGCCGGACGAAGAUUCGCCCUUCUACAAUGAUUACAUGAAUCGGUUGAAGACGUUGGGAUACGAAAACAUGACCGAUGAAGUCGCCAUUACCACAAAGACCAAAGAAAAGUGAGUUAAUCAUGUUUGAUUGACAAAUAUAAUACGCUUCAGUGGGACAGCGGUUUUUUGAAAAUGUAAAAGGACAUGUAUUAAUAUCAGAUGUUUGUAAAUUCAAAUUCGGUUUUUAAAAAUAGUACAGCCUUAUAAAAAAGGUAUUAUUUUAUUAUUUUUUAAAGUGAAAUUGUAGGUUAGUCUUGAUAAUGGCGGGGAUGCCCUUAGAAGACCGAGUAGCAUUGUCCUACGGCCGCACCGAGCUCAUCAAGAUGUGCUCUUUCGACAGUAAACAAUGCGACAUUGAAAAGGAGUUUAAAUUGCAUUUGGACCCGACUUUUGGCAACUGUUUCAUCUUCAACGGUGACCCAAAAAAGAACCAAACUUCGAGCCGGGCCGGGCCUUCUUAUGGUUAGUUUAACAAAUAAAAAAACUCAAAAAGUAAAAUUUUUUCUAGGGUUUAUGUAUAUUAUACAUAAGUAUAAUUUUUCUUUUUAACUUGCAAAUACAUUUUUCUAAAAAUUUCAUUUAUCCAUGGGUUUACUCUUCCAGUUUUUACGUAUCUGACAUAUUAUUCAAACGCACCUAAUCCUAUUAGCCGGCCCCAAGUUUAUUGACAAAAAAAAGCAAAAAAAUUAAACAAAAGGCAAUAAGUUGAGUAUGUCACUUUCAACUGACAAGGAAAUUGCAGGAAAACAAAAAUGUUCACCAAAAGUUACACAUAAAAACCUUUAUAUUUAACAACUUGAAACGAGAAUUAAAAAUACACUUUUAAAAAGCAUGUAUAAUACUUAUUAUAUAAAAGUUUUAGGAGUACAGUGCCUUUAGAAACCUGCAGAUCACAUACAAUAACAUAAAAUUAAUGAUGCUUUACUUUAAUAAUUUAGGACUUCGACUCUUGGUAUCGGUAGAUGCGGCCGAUUACUUACCUACGACUGAAGCCAAAGGUGUUCGUAUUACCAUACAUGACUCAAAUGAAUGGCCGUUUCCUGAAACGUUUGGUUACAGUGCUCCAACUGGAGCUGUUUCUUCAUUCGGCUUAUCAACAGUAAGAUUAGGUUUUAAAAAUUGAUUGUUAAUAAAGAGUAAAAUAAUCAAAAGUUGCUUUUUAUUACUAUUUAAAAGUUUUGUUAGAUUUCUGUACUUAUAAUUGCAUUUGCAGCGACAAGUACAUCGCUUAGCCGUGGGAGGAGAUGAUUGUGUACAUGAAGGUGAACAUACUCGUGGGUACAUCUACUCUAACCACAAAUAUGAACCUGAAGUAUGUGUGUUAUGCAUACUUUUAAUCAUAAUUUUGUAACUUUUUAUUAAAAAUAACCAUUUCGUAAAACCAAUCCUUAGUAUUUUACACUAUAUGACUUAGUAACCUAUUUCCAUCAGGGCUGUUACAAAAGCUGUUACCAAAACAAAAUGAUACACGAAGUACAUUGUGCUGAUCCACGAUAUCCAACACCGCACAAUGGUACACGAUACUGUAACACCUUGGACCAUUAUGAACGUAUGUUUAUUUUUACGUUACGCAACAUCAUUUUGAAUUUAUAAAAAUGCAAAAUAUCUAUUAUUAAACUAAGAUUCUUUCAAAAAAGAAUUUAGGCGAUUCUUUGGUUAAAGCGUCGCUAGAAUUCACUAGAAGCAAGUACCUAAUGGCACGAUGCGGAUGUAAACAUCCAUGUGAACACAACGUAUAUACUACAACGUACUCUUCUGCACGCUUAAUGCCAGCCGCAUUCAGUACAAAUCAUUGCAAACAAAAAGGAACCAAAAAAGAGGGCGAUUGUAUUGAAAGUUUUGAUCCGUAAGUCUUUUUACUAUCGUAUUGUCCUAUUCUUAUCUACUCGACCAAUAACUAUCGGAUAUACCGUAAAGAUUUAAUUGAACUAAAUUCAGAAGCCAAACAGUAAUGUUGGAAAUCUACUAUGAACAAAUGAGCUACGAAAUAUUGACAGAACGAGAGGCUUACUCGGUAUGAUUUAACUCCAUGCUUUUAAGUUUUUUUUUAAUUUUAAAAAACUUGCAAAAAAAUAUUAUGUUUCAGUUUGUCAACUUCUUAUCAGACGUUGGUGGCCAAGCCGGUUUGUGGCUGGGCGCUUCCGUAAUCACCGUCUUCGAAAUCGGCUACUUUGCCUUCAGAGUCCUUACUGUAGCAUGUCGUAGAAAAUUCCGCGACCGUGUGGAUUCAAUCGCCAAAUUUUCGACUACUGACACCCUGGAUGAACGAUUCGAUACACGGCGUAAACAGAGCACAGAUGCAAAACUGACAAUCUCAUCACUGGACAAUCUAAAGCAUACCGACGACGAUGAUACUACUUUACAUCAGGGAUGGGAAUCUGAAACCACUAGUGUCAAAGACAGACCCUUUAUGGUAUAA